AGUGAAGAUUUUAUGUGUCAAAUAUGCUCAGAAAUAAUAUACAAUAAGUUAAUGCGUCAGUGUUUAAAUGGUCAUGUAUUUUGUGAAGAGUGUUGGAAGUCUUCAUUAGUUAGAAAGAAAGAGUGCUGUGUAUGUAGAGUUCCAGUAAAAUCAAUUGAUGAGCUAUCAAGAAAUAGAACUAUAGAGAAUUUAUUUUUAAAGACCAAGAUUCAUUGCCCAUUUUCAUUAGAACAGGUAAAUUUCCAAAUCAAAGAUGAGAAUGGAUGUAAAGAGGUUUUACUAGUAGAAAAUUUAAAAAGUCAUAUGGAUAAAUGCUUAUUUCAAAUUAUAGAUUGUAAAUUUAGUAAAGAAGGUUGCACAAAAAGAUUUAAAAAACAACUUUUAGAAGAUCAUAUUAAGGAAUGCGAAUACAGAUUUAUAUCAUGUAGUGAUUGUGGAAUGGAUUUUCGAAUUAGUUAUAUCCCAAUUCAUUCUAGCGAAUGUCCAAAAAAGUCAGUCCCAUGCAUUCAGAAAUGCUAUAAAAAUGUAGUUAGAUGUGAAAUGAAUAAACAUACAGAUAAUGAAUGCGGAAAUACAGUGAUGGAAUGCAAAUACAAAGAAGCAGGGUGUGAAAAAAGGUAUUUAAGGAAAAAUCAAAAUGUCCAUUUUUCA